GGCCGGUUCGUCGGAGGAGGUGGAGGUGGUGGCGGCGGCGACCAAGCCGACGCGUCGUCGUCGUGGACAGUAGGGGUCUCCGAAGGCCGGUUCGCAGGAGGAGUCAGUGAUCAUGCAAGGGCGUCAUGGUCGACAGAAGAGGCUUCCUAAGGCCGGUUCGCAGGGGGGCCAUGACAAGUGCAAGAAGGGUCCUCUUAAGGAGAAGAACAUGAUGUCUGAAGAGGAGGUGAGGUCCAUCCUGUCCUGGGAAAAGCCUGCCCGCUUCGACCGAAAGAAGAGCAAGUACGCCGGUUUCUUCAACAAGUUGAGGGAUGAAAACUUCAAGUACCAGCAGGAGAUCAGGGAUGAGUUUGAGGAGAAGGGCUACGUCGAGAUCCCCGACAACUUCCGGGAAGACAACAAGCGAAUCAACCAUGAAGCUCACAGGAAGGCGUACCUCAAGGUUUUUGGCACCGAACCACCAGCUAAGUUCUACCAGUAGAUCGAAGGAGCACUAGUAGUAUUCACCGUCUAUCUAUCCCUCCCUAGUAGUAUUGAGUGGAGCACUAUAUAGUUUGCAGUAUUUGAAUGUAUUAAUAUCUACCCUACAAUUUCCAUCUAUCUUAUCUGCCUCUCAUGCACUCAUAUGUUGGAGCAAUCUCUCUAUGCUAGUAAUCCCUCCGU